AUGCAUUCAGAUUUGUCCCUCAUCAAGAACUCUGCUUUUAAAGGGAUUUACUCUUUGGUCGGAUUGGCAGCAGUGAAUUUUCUGUUGCUUUCAGGAAUCUGCCUCCUCGACCUGUCGGAUGUGUCAAAUGCUGAACCAUCUGUCCCUGUUUCAGAGGACAACAACGCAGAAAUACUACUCCUGGUCUGGCGCUACAGAGGAAGAAAUCCUUGUGAUUGCUGGGAAAACUUUCGGAUCAGUGGGUGUACAAUCACUGAAGACAGGAGCAUGUACCACAAGGCUGAUGCUGUGCUCAUGUGGCACCGGGAUCAAAUCAUUUCUAGAGUUAAAGAAGCUCCAUUGCCUCCAGAGCCACGACCACCUGCGCAAAAGUGGAUAUGGCUCAACUUUGAGUCUCCCACACAUGUUCAGCGACUGUGGAAAUUUGAAGGUAUUUACAACCUCACACUGAACUACCGAGAAGACUCUGAUAUCUUUGUGCCUUCUGGGUAUUUAAUCCCAAAUGUGUUAUUAGAUAAAGUUCCUCACACCGCCCGUUUUGCAAAAAAGCUUAACUCCUCCUUGGAUCCUCGUCCUGGCUUUGUGGCCUGGGUGGUCAGCCACUGGCACAUUAGUUUGGAGCAUGUGCAAUUCUACGAACUUCUUAAGGACUACAUCAAAAUCGACCUGUUUGGGCGUGCAGGGACCACCAUGUUACCACCAGGCAGGGACAGUGUGGUUGAAAUGUUGAAACAGUACCGCUUCUACCUGGCCUUCGAGAACUCUCAGCACACCGACUACAUCACAGAGAAGCUGUGGAAUGCGGUGCGCGGCGGCGCCAUCCCGGUGGUCCUGGGUCCGUCCAGGAAGAACUACGAGCGCUUCCUGCCCCCCGAGGCCUUCAUCCACGUUGAUGACUUCCCCACAGUGCAGGAGCUGGCCCAGUACCUGCGGAAGGUGAAGGACAGUCCAUCUCUGAUCCAGAUGCACCUCAGCUGGAGGAAAGACUACAGUGUGUACAUGAAGCUCUGGUCGGGUGAAUCUUACUGUACAGCCUGCAAGGCGGUGAGGAUGAGGAAAGGCAAGAUUGAUGUGGUCAAAAACCUUACAGCAUGGUUUGUUUCAUGA